AUGGGACAGCGGUCAGCAAACCUUGCUGUGGCGCAGAAGCCUUGGACCUGCCAGAGCAUGGGAGGAGGAUGGCGAUGGGGUCAGUUUUCUCGUGCGCUGCCAUUGUCUGUGCUGCUCCCUUCGCUCUUGGACUCCUCCAGCACACAUGAAUGCAGUCCCAGCACGCACGUCAACAAGAUCGUGUACUUCGUGUGUACCAGCAACACCUGUCGCAGCCCCAUGGCCGAGGUCAUAGCGAAGCGAUGGCUGGCGGAGAGACAUCAGGUUGAGGUCGAGAAGCUGGAGGAGAAGACAGGAUGGGUGGUGAGAUCAGCUGGUCUCACUGAAGAUUACGAAAAGGCUGGAUCGCCUGCCUCAGCAAACAGCAUCACAGCGAUGAAGAAGGUUGGCAUUACACUCGCAAAUCACAGCAGCAAGAUGCUUAAAGGCCAGGACGUGGAGGAGGCUCUUGCGAUCUUCUGCAUCACGGCAAGGCAUAGAGAUUGGGUCCUCCACAUGUUCCCAACGGCAGAGACCAAGGUCCGGGUUCUAGAGAGAGAUGUUGAGGACCCGUGGCACAAAGAUCAGGUUGCGUAUGAUGUGUGUGCAUCUCAGCUACUAGAGGUCGUUCCGCGAAUUUUGGCGAAGGAGUUCAGUUAUCUGAUAGAAGCAGAAACGCGUGGAGAGAGAGUUGUUGGCACUGAGCAUAGGCAAGAUAUCACAUUUGGUCUUGGGCUAUGA